UGGGAUCUUUUCCGUUGUGCCACCUCUGGAUUCCACUUUGUCUACAAAUUUCCGCCAUUAUAAUACCCUGAAAAGCUUCCCAAAGCUUCCAAUUCCAUUUCAAUGGCGAUUUCCCAUGCCCUUCUUUCACCAUUCUCUCUUCCCCACAUACCCUCUUCCCCAAUUCACUCGCCAUUCAGAACCCACUUCCAACCCCACUACACCCUCCGCAAAUUCGCCAACUUUCUCGACCUUAAACCCGAGUCUAAACCCCAGCCCCUCAAGUUCGAUCUUCCCCUGUUUCAUCCCUACUCCGAUCGUCCCCGCCGCUUCGACGCGGUGGUCGUUGGCGCCGGCCCCGCCGGCCUCCGCCUCGCUGAGCAGCUCUCCGCCUACGGAAUCAAGGUCUGCUGCGUCGACCCUUCCCCGCUUUCUCCUUGGCCCAAUAACUACGGCGUUUGGGUGGAUGAGUUUCAGGCUUUGGGUUUCCAGGAUUGCUUCCACAAGACUUGGCCCAUGGCUUCCGUGUAUUUAAAUGACGAGAAAGUCAAGUUUCUGGACCGCCCCUACGCUCAGGUGAGCAGGAAGAAACUUAAGAUGAAAUUAAUGGAGGAAUGCGCAACAAAAGGAGUAAAGUUCCAUAAGGCCAAAGUGUGGGAAAUUAAGCAUCAAGAAUUUGAAUCAUCAGUGGCUUGCGACGAUGGAACUGAAAUCAAAGCGAAUUUGGUGAUCGACGCAAGUGGGUUCGCAAGCAGAUUCACAGAGUAUUCAAAAUCGAAGCCAAGAAACUGCGGCUUUCAAAUCGCCCAUGGAAUUCUAGCGGAAGUCGAACAGCACCCAUUCGAUCUAAACAAGAUGGUUCUAAUGGAUUGGAGAGAUACCCAUUUAGGGAACGAGCCAUACCUGAGACAAGACAACAAAAAAUCCCCAACAUUCCUCUACGCAAUGCCAUUCGAUCCCAAUCUAAUCUUCCUGGAAGAGACCUCCCUCGUCGGCCGCCCAGCGCUGCCGUACGCGGUGGUGAAGAGGAGGAUGGCAGCCAGACUGCGGCACUUGGGGAUAAAGGUAAAGAGAAUCUUAGAAGAGGAGAAGUGCGUGAUUCCGAUGGGGGGUUCUCUACCGAAGAUGCCUCAGGCAGUGGUGGCGGCAGGUGGGGUGGCAGGGAUGGUGCAUCCGGCAAGUGGGUACUCGGUGGUUUUGGGAAUGGCAGCGGCGCCAGGGGUUGCGAGAAGGGCGGCGGAGGGGCUAGGCAGCGGCGGGAGGAUGAUAAGAGGGAGGGCGCUGCAGGGGAGGGUUUGGGAGGGGGUGUGGCCGGCGGAGAGGAGACGUGUGAGGGAGUUUUAUUGCUUUGGGAUGGAGACGUUGGUGCGGCUUGAUUUGGAAGGGUUGAGGAGGUUUUUUGAUGCGUUUUUUGAUUUGGAAGGGUUUUAUUGGGAGGGCUUUUUGUCUUCGAGGUUGUCUAUUAGGGAGUUGGGUAUGUUGGGAUUGGCACUCUUUGGACAUGCCUCUCCUAUGUCUAAGCUUGAUAUUCUUACUAAAUGCCCUCUUCCUCUUCUUAAAAUGAUGGCUAAUCUUGCCCUCCAAGCUUUGUGAUCAAUGAAUAUGUCACCCUCCAUGGUC